AUGUCUGACUUACCUGAGGAUAGGGUAGAGGAAGCAUCACCCUUUAGCUAUGUAGGUGUUGAUGUUUUUGGCCCUUGGGAGGUGGUAGCUAGGCGGACCAGGGGUGGACAUGCAGCUUCCAAGAGAUGGGCUGUUCUGUUCACGUGUUUGGUUUUAAGGGCUGUCCAUAUUGAGGUUUUAGAGGAUUUAUCUUCUUCAGCCUUUACAAAUGCUCUCCGUAGGUUUGUUUCGGUCCGAGGCAAGGUCAAAAUGUAUCGCUCGGAUCGUGGCACUAACUUUGUUGGGGCCAUUGAUAACAUUCAAGUUACAGCCAUUAAUGUAGAGGAUGAAAGUGUAAAGGGAUAUCUUAAGAAGUCUGGUUCAGUCUGGGUAUUCAACAGCCCUCAUAGUUCACAUAUGGGAGGGGUCUGGGAACGGAUGAUAGGUGUUGCACGUCGGAUCUUAGAAGCAAUGUUACUUGGAGUGAAGAGCUUGUCUCAUGAUGUACUUGUGACCUUGAUGGCUGAAGUGUCAGCUAUCAUCAAUUCGCGCCCUAUAGUGCCAGUCUCAAAUGACCCUGAGGUCCCUGAUGUGUUAAGCCCUUCCGCUCUUCUCACUCAAAAGUUGGAGUGUGAUCAAGUGUCCCUUGGUAACAUGGAUGUUAAAGAUUUGUACAGAAGUCAAUGGCAGCAAGUGCAGUAUCUUGCUAAUCAGUUUUGGGUCCGUUGGAGAAAAGAAUAUCUCCAGUCCUUGCAAGGUCGUAGGAUAUGGCAUGAAGAUCAUGACCUUCUUAGGGUGGGCGAUGUCGUACUUCUACGAGAUGCAGAAGUUGCUCGAAACUUUUGGCCUAUGGCCAGAGUAACGAGAACAUUUCCAAGUCAAGAUGGUUGUGUCCGCAAAGUGGAGGUCUGUGUUGCUAAAGACAAACAGAAGGUCUUUUAUACUAGACCAGUUGUUGAGUUGGUGCUGCUUGUUAGUGCAGGCUCCAGUUAA